ACUUAAUAGGAGAUGGAAGCCAGACCAGCAGAGGAUAUUCUUGAAUCAGACUUAUAUCCACGACAAGAAAGAGUAUUAGAUGAAACUACAGACAGUGGGUCUAUCAGACUCAGACUAAUGCAAUGGAACAUUCUUGCAGAUGUUCUGUGAUAUGGAUUUCCAAUGGUCCCGAAGGGAUAUCUCCAGAAAGACUACAGACUCCCGAUGAUCUUACAGGAGAUAGAAGAUUCUGCAGAUGAAGUUGAUGGUAAAAAGUCUCUUCCAGCCUUGAUCCUCCUUCAAGAAGUUGAUAUGGUGGAUGAUAUUUACACAGGUAUAAAUUCAUUAAGUAAAGAGACUUACGGAGAGUUUGAGUAUUCAUAUGAGUUUAUUCCAAAAACAGGGGAUCACAAUGACGGGCUUUGACUCUUGUACGAUACCGAGCAGUACAAAGCUCUUUAUAUUAAGAAGGAUCAUUAUAGAGGACCUAUUGGAGACUGCAAAUCUGAUAGAGUUUACCUAAUGAUUCUCUUCGAGCAUAUAGAAAGCCAGAAGAAGCUGGUAGCCUGUACUUUACAUUUGAAAUCCAAGCCCCAUAAUAGGAAAAUUCGGGCUAGAGAAAUCACAGAAUAUAUGUGCAAAUUAGGAGAAUUUUGACAUGAAAUUGAAGAACAAGAACAUAUUCCAAAGGGUGAAGGCAAGAAUUUACCGAUUAUAGUUGCUGGAGACUUCAAUGAUGAACCAGAAUCUCCAAUUAUUCAGACCCUCUUCGAUACAGAUAUCACUAAUGGGAUAAAAUUUGAAUGUGCUUAUCAAGUUGAUGGUGAAUUUCCAGAAUUUACGACUUAUAAAAUCCGUAGGAUUGGGGAAAUCAUUAAACACACUAUUGAUUACACUUUCCAUAACCAAUAUGCGAAGGUUAAGAGCAUCAGGGAGAUGCCUAAGGAGGAAGAUAUUCCAGAAAUAGGUAACCCAAGUCAUAGAUGUGCCUCUGACCACUUUUCAUCUGCAGUCACCUUUGAAUUCUAAUUCACUGUCACACUAAAUGCAGUAAAUUAAUUUAAGUAAUUG